AUGGAGGAGAGCCUACGCAGCAAAUUUGGCAUUUCGGGUGAGAUUACCGCCAGUUGCUUCUCCCUCGUGGCUGCGCUCUGCAAGAAGCUCGAACAUUCGACCGAUGAGCUUGACAGUUGCAAGCACCAGUCGAAACUGUUGAAGAGCUCUAACGAGCGGUUGAUACGAGAGAACGAGCAGCUGCUGCGGAUGACAGAAAAGAAGGACAGACAGAUCCGGGAGCUUCAGACGCAGCUGGAGCGAGUGUUAGAGGAAGCGCAGGCCGGCACCGAUGAUGAAUCACGAGGUGCGAGCGAUGCCACAACGACGGCGCGGUUGAAGCAGGAAAACGAGCUACUCAAGAAAGAAAGGGACCGCUUGCUGGCAGCGGCCACGGCGAGGAAGACGAUUGACGGCGACGACGAUCGAAAGCUACGAAGCAGCAUCAGCGUGAGCCUCAGCGGCCGCCACCAAGUGAGUGGCGAGAUUAAGAAGCUGAGGACCCUCGAAGAUCAGGUGGACACCCUCCAGCGAGAGAAAGAGUUUCUAGAACGGCAGCUGCGCACUAACAAGGGCGAAGCGGGCCGAAAGCUGGAAGAGUUUGCCGAGUCAGUCAACUCCUCCAUCAAAACAAUCGUAUCUGAGCGGGAGAUGCUCAACAAGAAGAACAAAGAAUACUACGACAAGCUCAAGGGCACGGAAGACGAGAACAGAGAACUGAAGCUGCAGGUCAAGAAGCUCAAAGAGGACGUUGAAUCGCUCCGUACCGAGCUCAAGUUGGCCGCGGCGUCUUCGCCAUCGCCCCCCGUGGCGCGCGCACCCUACCAGCCCGUCGGCUCUUCGCCCCCCGGGAGCUCGGCCCGAGAGCACGAGCUGAUCAAGGAUCUCGAGAGCAACAUUCGAUUCUUGACGGCCGAGCUCGAGCACACUUCGCUGCUUGUGGCGGAGAAGGACAACAUCAUCAAACAGCUGCAGCAGAGAGCUCCACAGACCUUUUAUGAAGAUAGCGAAUCGCGAUCUGAGACCGACGACAUGAUCAUGCAGCUGCACGAGAAGAAGAAGGAAAAGCAGCGGCUGGAGAUGGAGCUGAUCGACGCGCGGACCAACAUGCGAAAGAUCGAGGAGGAACGAAACCGACUGGACGCUCUGUUAGCUGAUAGAACGCAGCGGUUCGACGACUACCACGAAACCAAAACGGCACUGGGCGUUCUCGAGCAGAAGUGUCAAGUGCAAUCCGAUACUCUGGCCGCACGCGAGAGGGAGCUGGAUCGAGCGAGGAAGCUUAUCGAGGACCUAACCGCCAGGGAGAACCGACUGCAGAGAUCCUGCAACGACCUUAACUUCCAGGUCUCUUCGCUCUCGCAGCAGCUCACCGGUGACGCGGCGAACAGGAUCAGGCAGCUGCUUGCCGACUCGAACUUCUAUCAGAAGAAGUUCCAGAAGAAGGAGGCCAAGCUCGCCUACACGCUGCAGGUGCUCAACACCAAGGAGAAGGAGCUGCAGGACAUGCUGACUACGAACCGCCGACUCAACGAUCUCAGCACGAUGCUCAAGAAGGAUCUCGACGAGGCAAAGGAGGAAAGCGCUUCUCUCAAUCAAGCUGUGGCGGAACUGCGACACAGGCUGCAGCACGUCGAAACCUCGCUGCGGUCAGAGCAACAACGAUGUAAGCGCUACGAAGAGCUUUUCGACAUGGAGCGAAGAAAGGCCGAGGAGUCGCGAGAGGUGAGGGAACACCUGCAGCGGCACAUCACCAAGUGGGAGAGCAUGAAAGAGGAGCUCAGCCUGCUCCAGCGCGGGAAGGAGCUGCAAGACAACGAGCUCCAUCGAUUGCGCAAAGAUAACGAAGGAUUGCGGCACGAGAAGGACCGAAUGAGCGAGCGAAUGCGGGAGCUCGCGCAGGCGAGCGAUUCUGCCAAGUCGACCGUGGAGCUGCAGGACAUGACGAUCGCGCGUUUGGAGGAGGAGAAGGCCUCGUUGAAGGACUAUGUCCUCAAGUACGAAGCGGAGCUGUCCAAGCACGAAGCUCAAGUCGCACAGCUCACCGCCGACCUGCAGCAGGCACGGCCACCCAACAUCACAACAUCACACUUUGUGCAACUUGCGCUUGUUCUGACCGCUGACCGUCAUGUGGCUGUGGAUGUGGAUGCGCGUGCGGGUGUGGAUAUGGAAGACUACAGCGACUUUUUGGAACGAAUGAACAGGCGGAUGGAGGAGCUGGUGGCACGCAUGAACGACAACGCGUCGGACCGCGAUCGGCUGCUGCAGGAGUUCGACCGACUGCAGCGCACCAAGAAGAAUCGAGGGGCUGGCGCACCCAGGACCCCGAUGCAGCACACCGGCGCGUCUCCUUCCUCCCCCACCUAUCAUCCCUACCCGUGA